UUUUCAUAUCUUUCUAUAAAUAGAGAGGCAUGGAAACAAAUUCUCAUCCUUUUUAGUUUUGAACAAAACACAUUACAAAUAAGAGAGUUGUUAGCUAGCUAGGAAUUUGAUAAAUUCCUUUCAAAAGUUAUUACGAAGUACGUGAUCGCCAUGUCGAUAUCGAAAUCUUCUCGUCUUCUCGUCUUUGCUCUUUUCUUCAUUGUAGUAUGCGUUGCUGCCUUAGACGUCGACAAGGAAAAGAAUCAUUUCAUUGUUUUUCUGGAAAAUAAAUCUGUUUUAAAUGAGGUUGAUGGAGUUGAAACACAUCUAAAUGUUCUCAUGUCAGUGAAGAAAAGCCACGCCGAAGCAAAAGAGUCGAUGGUGUAUAGUUACUCGAAAAGCUUCAAUGCCUUCGCUGCCAAACUUACUGAAGAUGAAGCCAAAAAAUUAUCAACAAGGGAAGAUGUGCAUCAUGUGAUCCCAAACAAGUAUAGAAAGCUACAAACAACAAGAUCUUGGGACUUCCUUGGAUUGUCUUCCAAUGCAAGAAGAAAUACCAAACAUGAGAGUGACAUUGUUGUUGGUUUAUUUGACACUGGGAUCACUCCAACGGCGGAUAGCUUUAAAGAUGAUGGGUUUGGUCCUCCACCCAAAAAAUGGAAAGGCACUUGUCACCAUUAUGCCAAUUUCACUGGCUGCAAUAACAAACUCAUCGGAGCAAGAUAUUUCAAGCUCGAUGGCAGCCCCGACCCUGCCGACAUCUUGUCACCGGUAGACACCGAUGGCCACGGCACACACACAUCAUCAACGGCAACAGGAAAUGCAGUUGCCGGAGCCAGCCUUUCCGGUCUGGCUGAAGGAACUGCCCGCGGUGGCGUGCCGUCGGCAAGAGUUUCCAUGUAUAAGGUCUGCUGGGCUAGUAGCGGGUGCUCCGAUAUGGAUAUUCUGGCUGCCUUCGAUGCUGCCAUACACGAUGGCGUUGAUGUCAUUUCGAUAUCGAUUGGUGGCGGGGGCUUCAACAAUUACUCCGAAGACUCGAUCUCCAUCGGCGCGUUUCAUGCCAUGAAAAAGGGCAUCAUCACCGUGACCUCCGCCGGCAACAGUGGUCCGCUUGCCGGCAGUGUUGUCAACCACGCGCCGUGGAUUGUGACGGUUGCUGCCAGUGCGAUUGAUCGGAAAUUUAUCAGCCCAUUAGAGUUGGGCAAUGGGAAGAACAUCUCUGGAGUAGGGAUAAACAUCUUUAAUCCAAAGCAAAAGAUGUACCCAUUAGUGAGUGGAGGGGAUGUGGCAAGGAACUCAGAGAGCAAAGACAGUGCAAGCUAUUGUGAAGAGGAUUCACUUGAUCCAAACAAAGUGAAAGGCAACCUUGUUUUCUGUAAAUUAAUGACUUGGGGAGCUGAUUCUGUCAUCAAAUCACUUGGCGCUAAUGGUGUUAUCAUUCAAAGUGAUCAGUUUCUUGAUAAUGCUGAUAUCUUCAUGGCCCCUGCCACCAUGGUUAGCUCAUCUCUUGGUACCAUUAUUCACACCUACAUCAAGUCCACCAGAACACCAACUGCAGUGAUAUACAAAACAAAACAACUCAAAGCAAAAGCUCCAAUGGUAGCUUCCUUCUCAUCCAGAGGUCCAAAUCCAGGCUCCAACCGCAUUUUAAAGCCGGAUAUAGCAGCGCCAGGAGUAGACAUAUUGGCAAGUUAUACACCAUUGAAGUCAUUGACGGGUUUGAAGGGUGACACUCAAUACUCUAAAUUCACACUCAUGUCUGGCACUUCCAUGGCUUGCCCUCAUGUUGCUGCUGCCGCCGCCUAUGUCAAGUCUUUCCACCCUCAUUGGUCUCCGGCUGCCAUUAGAUCAGCUUUGAUCACCACGGCGAGACCAAUUAGCCGACGACUAAACCCCGAUGGUGAAUUUGCAUAUGGCGCUGGCAACUUAAAUCCAUCAAGAGCCAUAAGUCCUGGCCUAAUCUACGAUGUCAAUGAAAUUUCAUACGUCCAAUUUCUUUGUAGCGAAGGUUACACUGGAUCUUCAAUUGCCGUCCUCGCCGGAACCAAAUCCAUAAACUGUUCCAAUCUAAUCCCCGGCCAAGGACAUGACUCUCUCAACUACCCAACCUUUCAACUCAGCCUCAAAAGCACCCGACAACCGACAACGACAACGUUUCGACGACGAGUCACUAACGUUGCCCAUCCAGUCUCUGUCUUCAAUGCUACCAUCAAGGCUCCUCCUGGGGUGGAGAUCACGGUUACGCCGACCACUUUGUCGUUCUCACGGUUGCUGCAAAAGAGGAGUUUUAAGGUUGUUGUGAAGGCUAGUCCUUUACCCUCGACAAAAAUGGUGUCGGGGUCGAUUGCUUGGAUUGGUGCUCGACAUGUUGUUAGAAGUCCUAUUGUUGUUUAUAGUCCAUGAAGAUUAUGAAUUGUUGGUGAGGGAUUGAUUAAAAUGGGCUUUUUGUAGAUGGAUUAUUGUUGUUAUCAAGUUAAUUGUGUGUUUUGGACUUAUUUGUGUGUUAUGUGAUGAU